UUCCGUCCAUUCUUCCGGUGGAUAUGGCCGCGGCCGUGGCGGGGAUGCUGCGAGGGGGUCUCCUGCCCCAGGCGGGUCGGCUGCCUACCCUCCAGACUGUCCGCUGUGGCUCCAAGGCUGUUACCCGCCACCGUCGUGUGAUGCACUUUCAGCGACAGAAGCUGAUGGCUGUGACUGAAUAUAUCCCUCCGAAACCAGCCGUCAACCCAAGAUGCCUGCCAUCUCCUCCCAGCCCCCCACAGGAAGAGACAGGCCUCAUCAGGCUAAUCCGCCGGGAGAUAGCAGCAGUUUUCCAGAACAACCGAAUGAUAGCUGUCUGCCAGAAUGUGGCUCUGAGCGCAGAGGACAAGCUUCUUAUGCGACACCGGCUGCGGAAACACAAGAUCCUAGUGAAGGUCUUCCCCAACCAGGUCCUGAGGCCUUUCCUGGAGGAUUCCAAGUACCAAAAUCUGCUGCCCCUUUUUGUGGGGCACAACAUGCUGCUGGUCAGUGAAGAGCCUAAGGUCAAGGAGAUGGUACGGAUCUUAAGGACUGUGCCAUUCCUGCCACUGCUAGGUGGCUGCAUCGAUGACACCAUCCUCAGCAGGGAGGGCUUUAUCAACUAUUCCAAGCUCCCCAGCUUGCCCCUGGUGCAGGGGGAGCUUGUAGGAGGCCUCACCUGCAUCACGGCCCAGACCCACUCCCUGCUGCAGCACCAGCCCCUCCAGCUGACCACCCUGUUGGACCAGUACAUCAGACAGCAACGCGAGGAUUCUGUUGUGUCAGCCAAUGGGAAGCCAGAUCCUCCUGACCGUGUUCCGGACUCGUAGCCAGCCUGUUUAGCCAGCCCUGCCCUUAAAUACACUCUGCCCUAUUGGCUGUGCUGUCCUCCAUGGGAGAUGUGGAAGAACUUGGGGUGAGGGAGUGCAUUUGUCAUUUGGGUUUCGCUAACAAUGAUAUUGUCAAGUAUAGGCCACUCUGAGAUGCGGAGGAUUCCAUUUCAAAUGGAGGCUGUUAGUCACUGGCUUUGUCCUUAGUUUUCCCAACUUGAGACCUGAUAGGAGCAAAGUCUCUCUCCAUUCUCCAGGUCCAAGGCAGAGAUGCUGAAAGGAGAAGGCUAUUACCCCUGCCUCCUUGGUCACUGCCCCUUGCUGCAUGGGCUCCUGAGCCCACCCUCUUGGAUCACAACUUGCCACUGCCACAGUAGCUCAACCAAGCAGUCAUGUUGAGGAUGGCACCUGGUGAGAGCCUGCUGUGUGCCAGGCUCCGUGCUGAACACUGUACAUGUAUUAGUUCCUGAACUCCUGACAACAUGGUACCCAUUUCACAGAGAAGGAACAGAGAAAUUAAGUAGCUUACACAAGGUCAUGCAUUUAGUAAGGGGCAGAACAGGAACUUGAACCAGGCCCUCUCUGCUCUGAAGACUGCAUCCUGAAUUUUUACACUGGAGCUUCCUCCUCAGGUUACCCAGAAGUGGAUCCCGUCUUCCAUCCUGGUGUGCUUGGAUGUUCUCUGCCCGUGGGAGUGUGCCAUGCUGUGGAAAGUUUGGAAGCACUGCUUUAUGCUCAAAUGAAAUGCAUUCUACUUCCUCU